AUGGCGUGCACUCUCACACUCAAUUUGCGACAUUUCGUCCCAGAUAUGGAGAUACCCUCCCAUCGUUCUCACAAGGCGUGGCUCGCCAGUCUCGCGCUGUUGCGAGGGUUUGCCCUGGGUCGGGCUCAGGAAAAGAAGAAUUAUGAGGUCUUUCCCAACGAGCAAGGCUAUCUAGGCGUGGAUAAAGAUAGACUUGAUCAAGCUAUAUAUAUCUUUCAGAAACUGGAACUUGUCUACAGAAGCAAUUAUGACAACGCGGAUCCGAAAUGCUUAGAGUUCUUGCGGGUGCACUGGAAAGAGCCGCAAUCUUCCGUUGGGCGCAGAACAAUCCUUCCUCUGCUGAGCCAUUUCAUGCCUGGUUGUAGCGAUGACGGCCUAUCUGUGGUUCCAGUCAGCAAGUGUUCGCUUACACUCCAUGAUGCGGGAAGAACAUCUAUUUACUGCAUUGAGUGGAAAAGCUUUGAGUAUCGUGACGCUGUGCUUUCGAACCGGAAAUGGAGGAGAAUGCUUCAAGGCGAUUCUGCCCAGGAAGAGUGGAAGCUUAUUCUCCAGGAAUGGGGCAAGGCAGAUGAAGAAAUUUCCCCGGAGGAGGAGCUUCUCCUUUUUUCCUCUCGCAUGGAGCAAAAAGUACCGACAGCCGGCUUGUCAAAGCUACGCUUAUGGAUGGUAGUUAUUUCGGUUGGAGUCGAGACCAGGUGCAGCAGAGACCAAGACCGUGUCUCAUUAUGUAGCGUGUAUCCACGCCAUGCGUUGUCUUCCCCAGGCAUUGUGUCUAGUUUCAUGGCCCGACCAUAG